CAGCAAGCCACAAACCCUACUUUUGAAAGUAUUACUGUAACCCAAGCUCUGAAACUCUCAAAAUCAAUCGGAUAAAAAUUUCAGAAAGAAAUUUAGAAUAAUGGCCGAGGUGAUUCCGUCUAGACGAGAGUUACUUGAUCGGUGGAGAGGCAUUCAAGAAGAAGAAGAAGAGGACGACGGUAACGAUCCCUCUAAACGACAUCGGAUAAAUCAGCACAAAGAAGCAUGGUUUGUGGAUGCAUCUAAUUUCUUGAUUAGCUUGCCAAAACAAAAUCAUGUAUGGUGUGGUUCAUGGGACAUAAUGGAGCCACAAUUGGAGAUUUUUUACAAUUACUUCAAAGACGAGCGCAAUGACUCACCUCUUAAGCUUUUGUGGAAAAGAAUCUCUAAGGAAAUGCAGUCUUGUGUCCAAUGCAUUUCUCAACACCACCAAGCUCAGGAGAUGUAUGGUCUGGAGUAUGAUUUGGGUACUGUUGGUCAUCUUCUUAAUGUAUUACAAAGUCUUGAUGAGGAAAGAGUGACUCAGCACUUGAGACAGAUAAAUGCAAGAUUAGCACGCCAAGAAUAUAAUCCUCAAAGUGAUUAUAAUGAAGUCGUUGCUGUCAUGUAUGAGGUUUUGAUGUUCCCUAUUCUGUUGGAUGAUCAGUCCUUGUUCACUGAAUUUGAAAUAUUUAUUGAAGCAGUGGAUAACAUGCAUGAAUUAGCUUUGGCUGGACAUCAACAGUUUCCGGGUGUCUAUUCAUUAUUUUUUUUCAAUAGAAGGGUGCGUAGCAUUGGUCGCCGAUUAGCUACUACUGUGGGUAAAUUGAGGAGAGCAACAGAUUUGGAACCAUUGCAGCCUUUGCUUAAAAAAUUUGUUGGUUUUUUGGAGACUGAAGUAUUACCAUCAACUGUGAAGACUUCAAGGCCAAGAGCGCAGCUGGAGCGCUUACCAAUAUGGCUCGGAAUCACAUCAUUGCUUGAGUUCUUAGAACCUCCAGCUUUAGAAGAAGGGAUACUAGAACGCUAUCCCAUUUUCUUUGAUAUUGUGCUCAACUAUGUCGGUGGUGAUUCGCCUGAAUUUUCUCAUGCUGUUAUUUGCUUGAGAGAACUCUUCAAAAUGCUUGGUUGUAAGCUUUGGUUGAGGUCUACUUUGUCUCCCAGCGUGAUGCACAAUACACUGUUGGGUCAAUGUUUCCAUACCCGAAAUGAGAAAAUCCAUAAAGACAUUUUUGAUCUCUUCCAACCUUUCCUGCAGUCACUUGAAGCUUUACAAGAUGGGGAACAUGAAAAGCAGCGUAGAAAUUUUCUGUACUUUCUCAUUCACCAAGUUCCAGUGAGCAAUAACUUCAGUGUUUUAACAACAAAACUGGCCUGCAAGAUUGCCCUUCUUAUUGUACACCGUGGCUACAGGAUGAACCCACCUUGCCCACCUUUUGAAUGUGCACAUAUGUGGGGCCCUUCUCUUGUGUCUUGUCUGAAGGAUUCUUCACUUCACAGUUCUCUGCGGCAACCUGCUUUUGAUCUUUUUCAAACUAUUAUAGUGUCUGAUGCUGGUGCCUUGAUAACUUCCAUUCUGAAUUCUCCGAGACAUUUUAGUGCUGACAGUAUCAUUUCGAUUAAUGAUGAUGAAGAUGAUCAAAAGAUUCCCUUUUCUUCAGAUAUUGAAGAGAAGGAUAAUAGUUCUUGGAGUGAAUUUAGCGCGCAAAGUAAAAUUGCUUCUCAGGAGUACAGGGGUUGGAUGUGCAUUCCAUUGUUGUGGAUUGAUGUUCUAGUUGAUAUUGAUCCUUCAGUCCUACCUGUAUCAUUAUCCAAGGCUGUGUUCUGGGCUCGAUCUCAGUUUUCCUUUCUGGAACCUGAAAUUACUGCAGAAUUGGCACUUCAUAUCAAAACUUGGCUGUCAUCGUCAGCAACUGAAAUCUCUUCUACAUUUGGGUGGAAGGUUCCAAGUGGUUGUGAUGAUGGUGGGGGUGGGAAGGUAUCCAAGAACUCAAUGGAAGUGUCAACAAUGUGUCUACCUUUAAUAAGAACAUUCAAGAGGUUAACUGCACAUUUUAUAGUUCAAAUAGGGCAAGGAGAGCUACGAAAACAGUGGACUUUUGAGCCACGGAUGAGUGAAAGCUUAAUCCUUUUGCUUGUUGAUCCUAAUGAUGACGUGAGGCAGUUUGGUAAGAGUAUCUUGGAACAAGUGUCAAACACACGAGGUCUUGCUUCUGGUUUAAAGUUUCUUUGCUCAUACAGCUCUUCUUUGUCUGCCACUUUUUUGGGCUUGAGACAUGCUUUGAAACUGGUGCAACUUGAUUCUGUUCUGUCAAAGUUUCAGGCUUUGCAUCAUUUUUUCUUCAUUCUAAGGAAACUAUUUGAAGAAGGGCAUUUACCAAAUUCUGAUUUGCCCGAAAAUUCAUCCGAUCACUUGAAAAUUACAAAGUUCUCUUCUCAAGGUGGAUUUUUAAGGCAGCCAGUCUUUGAUUUAUCAGAUGAAAGUGUUGGACAUUCUUCAAAUGUCGACUUGAAGUUAUGGGAGAAAUUCCAUUACUUCUUGUCGGAAAUUACAUGGCCUUCUGUUAAAAGGUGUUUGCUAGAAGGGAAGAUGUUUCUUGACUACAGUCUUUGCCAGAUGACUUGUAUCCGCCUGCUUGAGAUUCUUCCUGUUGUUUUUGGAAGACUUUGCCCCUUGCUUGUAAAACAAUAUGAGGAUUCUGGGAAGACCAUAGAAAAUUUAUUUGAUUACAAAUGGCUUCAUGACCUGAUGGAUUGGGGGAAAUCACAACUUAAAGUUGUUGUUGUAUACUGGAAAAGAACUGUAACUUCUCUGUUUCAUCUGCUUAAAGAGUCAUGCAGUAGUACAUCCUUAUUGACUCUCAGUGCCAUCGAAAAUCUUAUUUCAUCUGAUAAUUUUGACGUGGAUGAACUGACGGAAAAAGUAUCACACCUUUGUGUUUCCUUAUCAAAGGAAGCUUCUAGUAGUAUUGAAAAGACCUCCUUGAGGUCAAAAGCACUAUUCAAUGAGGGCUUAUCUAUGGAGAGAAAGUCUUCUGUUUCAGAUUUGCAGCCUUUUUCUGUGAAGAAUGCAGAUCCUCAAAUCCUAGAUUCUGAAACAUUGGUUAAUAGGCAUAAAGAUAAUUUGGUUGUUCUUUCAGAUGAUGAGACAGAAAAAGAACUUUCGGCAAAUCUGGUUACUUCAUCAGAUGUCAAGUCAAGAGAGUACAUGUUGGAUAGUAAGACUUUGGCUCUUACAUCUGAUGAAAGCUCUUCACAAACUGACUCUUUGAAGAAGAGCGCUUAUAGUGCUGAUGCUUCAAAGGAUCUGUUGGAUUUUUUGCUUAAAAGACACAAGGAUGGCAGUGGCCUAGCUUCUCAGAAGCUGGACUUUGAUAAGUCGCAUGGCAAAUCACUUGAUUCUCUGAAUGCAAAAGUUGUGGAUGGUAAGAAGAAAGAUAUAAAUUUCAAAUCUAAUACAAAAGAUUCUUUGUCACUGCAGAAAGUUGGUUUGAAGAGUAAAUCAGUUGAGUCCUCUGGUUCCAAAAAUGUGAAUCAAGUUUGCAACAAUGUGGUUGCUGAAGCUACUAAUACGGUUCUGAAAGAGCUGGUAUGUGAAACUGAGGCUGAUCCCUUGGAGAGCGCUUUGAGAUCUUUAAAACUUAAGCAGUCAUAUCUGGCAAAAUCAGGCCCCUUUGUUCCUAAAAGACAAGUUAUUCAACUUAAAUCACCCCUUGAUAACCGAUCUGGCCAACUACACAGGAUGGAGCCUGGAGUUAAAAGGUUUGGGCCUCCGAGGCUUGAUGACUGGUAUAGACCCAUUCUAGAACUAGAUUAUUUUGCAACAGUAGGAUUAGCAUCUGCUAGUGAAAAUGAGAGUCGUGCUCUUUGUGAAUUAAAGGAGGUUCCUGUGUGUUUUAAAUCACCUGAACAGUAUGUUGCCAUCUUUCGACCAUUGGUUUUGGAGGAGUUUAAAGCACAGUUACAUAGUUCCUUCCUGGAGAUGUCUUCAUGGGAGGAUAUGUAUUUUGGCAGUCUGUCUGUGCUUUCAGUUGAGAGGAUUGAUGACUUUCAUCUUGUUCGCUUUGUUCAUGAUGAUAAGGAAUCUGUGACAUCUAAAAGCUUUUCAGAAAAUGACCUUGUUUUGCUCACCAGAGAGCCUCCGCAAAAGACUUCCCACGAUCUUCACAUGGUUGGGAAGGUGGAGAGGCGUGAGAGAGACAACAAAAGAAGGUCAAGCAUACUGCUUAUCAGGUUCUAUCUUCAAAAUGGGUCUUCACGUUUAAAUCAAGCUAGGAGGAACCUUCUUGAACGUAGUAAAUGGCAUGCUAGUCGUAUUAUGAGCAUUACACCUCAACUUCGAGAAUUUCAGGCUUUAUCUUCGUUAAAGGGUAUCCCUCUGAUUCCAGUUAUUUUGAAACCUGUGAGUGUUUCCCCUGGAUAUAAUGAAUCGAGAGAACUAGAUCUGGGCAAGCUUUCCCAGCCCUUGCAGCGGGUUUUAAAGUCCUCAUUUAAUGAAAGUCAACUGCAAGCUAUCGGUGCUGCUAUUGGAUCACCUAGAAUAAAGAAAGAAUUUGAAUUGUCUCUUAUUCAGGGCCCUCCAGGGACUGGGAAGACUCGCACUAUAGUGGCCAUUGUCAGUGCUUUGCUUGCUACAAAAAAAUCUCUGAGUGGCCAUAUGAGACAAAGUUAUAGUUCAUGCACCAAUUCUAGGCCGAAGAUUAGCCAGACUGCUGCAAUUGCAAGGGCAUGGCAGGAUGCAGCCUUUGCGAGGCAAUUAAACGAGGAUGUGGAAAAAGAUAAAAAAACGUUGGAAAGUUCUGUGAGAGGAAGGGUCCUCAUUUGUGCUCAAUCAAAUGCAGCAGUUGAUGAAUUGGUAUCAAGAAUAUCUAGUGAAGGCCUUUACGGCAGCGAUGGAAAGAUGUAUAAGCCAUAUCUUGUACGGGUUGGAAACAUUAAGACUGUUCAUCCAAAUUCUUUACCCUUCUUUAUCGAUACGCUUGUUGAUCAUCGGUUAGCAGAAGAGAAUUUAAACAAUGUGAAGAAUGAUGAGUGUGCGAACUCUUCUGUGACACUCCGUUCUGAUUUAGAAAUGUUGGUUGACCGUAUAAGGUUUUAUGAAGCUAAGCGUGCUAACCUAAAAGAUGGAAAUUCGGAACUGAGAAAGGUGUUGGAAGAUGAAACUCAAAAGGGGGAUGAUGUUAAAGAAAUGUCUGAUGUAGAAUUAGAGGCAAAGCUAAGAAAACUAUAUGAACAAAAGAAACAAAUCUAUAAAGAUCUUAGUGCCACUCAGUUGCAGGAGAAGAAAUCUUAUGAAGAAACCAAAGCAUUAAAACAUAAACUGAGAAAGACUAUAUUGAGGGAAGCCGAAAUAGUGGUAACAACAUUAAGUGGCUGUGGUGGAGAUCUUUAUCGAGUUUGCUCUGAAUCUAUAUCAAGUUUUAAAUUCGGUAGUCCAUCUGAGAGUACUCUAUUUGACGCUGUUCUUAUUGAUGAAGCAGCUCAGGCUUUGGAACCUGCUACUUUGAUUCCUCUUCAGCUUUUGAAGUCAGAUGGGACAAAAUGUAUUAUGGUUGGCGAUCCAAAGCAGCUUCCUGCUACUGUUCUCUCGAAUGUUGCAAGCAAAUUUCUGUAUGAAUGCAGUAUGUUUGAGCGUUUACAAAGGGCUGGAUAUGCAGUUGUUAUGCUUACCAAACAGUAUAGGAUGCACCCAGAUAUAUGCCGGUUUCCUUCCUUACAUUUUUAUGAAAGUAAGUUGCUGAAUGGCGAGCAGAUGUCAGCAAAAUCAGCAGCAUUUCAUGUGACUGAUGGUCUUGGGCCCUAUGUAUUUUUUGACAUUAUUGAUGGCCAGGAACUUCAUAGCAAGAAUUCUGGUGCUUUUUCGCUCUAUAAUGAGCAUGAGGCUGAUGCUGCUGUUGAAUUACUCAGGUUUUUCAAGAAGAGGUAUCCAUCCGAGUUUGUUGGUGGAAGAAUUGGCAUCAUUACACCAUACAAGUGUCAACUUCAGCUUUUGCGCUCUCGUUUUUCUAGUGCAUUUGGACCUUCUGUUAUAUCUGAUAUGGAAUUUAAUACUGUGGAUGGUUUUCAAGGGCGUGAGGUUGAUAUACUGAUACUUUCCACUGUUAGAGCAGCAGAUUCAAGCUCUGGUUCACCUGGGAUUAGCUCAAACAGUAUUGGGUUUGUUGCAGAUGUUAGAAGGAUGAAUGUUGCUUUGACCAGAGCCAGGCUUUCUUUAUGGAUUUUGGGUAAUGCAAGAACCUUGCAGAAGAACUCUAACUGGGCUGCUCUUGUGAAGGAUGCCAAAGAGAGAAACUUGGUCAUAUCAGUUAAAAGACCAUACGAUUCCAUGUUUAAAUCCGCUCAUAGGAAGAACCCUGCUCCUGAAAAUCCUGAUAAUCAUUCAAGCCGGCUGAAGAACAAAGAAAGGGGUGGAGAUACUAUUCAGUCUACCAAACGGAGUAAGCGCAAAUUGAAAGAAGGCUUGGAAACUAAAAUAAAAGAUAGCCAUGUGGCUCAGAGUGACAGGACAGUUGCUGGAGAUGUUGAUAAUGGUUCAGCAAAAAGGAGGGAUUUAGAAUCUAGUAGAAGAAGAGCCAGGGACAGACCUAAUUUUUCAAUGAAGAGUGAUCAUCCUUCUGAUGUUUCAAAUCGUGAGAACAGGCUGUCCAAGAAUGUCAAGUCAGCAAACCAAGGAGAACAUGUUUCGGAUUGUAAAACCGCCAAAGAUAGUGGCCACGAUAAAAUGAUAUCAGUUAUUACUCCUAUGGGUAAGAGACAAGACAAAUGCGUAGAUUCAAAGAGUAGAUUAGACCACUCAGGAGAAGAAGCAGGUGAUAGUCUUAAAUGUUCAAAAUUAAAUCUGUCGGAAGGUUCAAAGAGAUCUUUUGAACAUGACAGAAGUCAGAGAAAAUUGAAAGGAUCAACUCCUUCAACUGGAGGUAGUGUUAAGGAGCAGAAGGCUGACGAAAGAAGAAGAGAUCCUAAUACUGCAGGCGGUUCUGCAGAUUUAAUUGCAAAAAGGAAGCAACAACGUGAAGCUGUUGAUGCUAUUCUUUACUCUUCUCUCAUCCCCUCAAAGAAGUCUUUACCAUCAGUAAAAUCUGCACCUGCUAAAAGGUCUCUUUCGCCAACUUCAAAUGUCAGCAGAGCCAUCAAACCAUCCAAGAAAAAAAAAGAGGCAUCCUCAACAAGUACAUUGCAAGACCAGACCCAUCAUCAAUGUAGGAAAAGAGACAAAAUUGUGAGCACCUAGGACUUGAGAUGACAGGUGAACUCUAUCGAUCUUUCGGCCAAAAGAUUUGAUGCAGUUUUCCAGGUAUAUUCAUAAGUUUUCUCUGCUGUACUUGGAAUGAGGUAAAUAGGCUACAUCAUUUUCACUCUAAUCUUGAAAGAUCAUGCUUAUAAGGGCUACCAACCGUUAUGGGCGAGUCAGGUUUGCUUUUAGUUCCAGAAAUUAAUUUUCAGCCAGUAGAAUAUUUUUGCUCUUUCUACUGUAUCACAAUCAUUCGGUAGUUGCCUUGGUGAUCUAGCUUUUGUAAAUUAGUUGAUGUAAAUACUUCACCAGUUCUUAGUGCAAUGGCGUCCCAU